CCAGUUUUGUAUUUAAUGGAGAGUUAUUAUGAGAAGAAGGUAUCUUGGCAAAUAACGGCCUGAUUAAGGAGUCGCUGAAAGCUCGCGGGCGCAGGAGGGCAGGCUUGCCGUUACACUAGAUCUAUUUACAAUCUCUUUCAUUUUUUGUGAAGCUAGACUGUUUUUAAAAGACUAGAGUAGCUUGAGCAGACCAUUUUCGCAGACUGCUUUUGGACACUCUCUUUUAAAGAGUUAUGAAAAGACAGAUAAGUGUAAAACGCAUAUUGUCAUAUCUCAAACUGAAAGGCCAAUUCCUUACAAGGAAGACUGGAAUAUAGACCACUUUCUAGGACUUAUCUUGAUGCUGCCUCGGGACUGAGUGUCAUCCAUAACAGACAAAUAAACUAGAUGACAACUGGAUCUGUCUUCAGAAAAAAAAAAAAAGAUACAAUCACAGACUCUGAUAGCUCGACAUGAACUUCAACAAUCAAGAUCACAUUAAAAGUAAACAGAACAGUAUUUUUUCUUCUGAGAGCUAGCUUCAAGAUUCUGAGUGUCUCCUGCCUCGCUGUCUUACCUGCUACCUUUUCCUGAGACAGGACAUGGAGCUGUGGGCCUUUUCUUCCCUAUAAGUGCUAGUGAAGUUACUUACUUCAUGAGAGGAAAUGCGGUUCCAUGAAAUUCCAUUUUGUGCAAGUUGUCGUUAACUCCGUUGGCAAUGUCUAUGAUUUUAUCUGCCUCUGUGGUCCGUGUGAGGGAUGGACUCCCACUGUCUGCAUCUACUGAUUAUGAUCAAAGCACAGGAGUACAAGAAUGUAGGAAAUAUUUUAAAAUGCUCUCAAAGAAACUUUCUCAGCUUCCUGAUAGAUGUACUCUGAAAACUGGACAGUAUAAUAUAAACUUUAUCAGUUCUCUGGGAGUAAGCUAUAUGAUGUUGUGCACUGAAAAUUAUCCCAGUGUCCUGGCUUUCUGCUUCCUGGAUGAGCUUCAGAAAGAGUUCAUUACUACCUACGAUAUGAUGAAGACAAAUACUGCUAUCAGACCAUACUGUUUUAUAGAGUUUGAUAAUUUCAUUCAGAGGACCAAACAGAGAUACAACAACACACGUUCUUUGUCAACAAAGAUGAAUCUUGCUGACAUGCAGACAGAAAUCAAACUGAGACCACCUUACCAAAUCUCAGUGUCAGAACUUGGUUCAGCUAAUGGAUUUGCACAUUUGUCUGCUGCAGAUUAUAAGGGUACUGGUAAGAUAUCUGCUGCUCCUCAUCAGCGUCUGGAACCUGUAACUCUGCCAGGGAUUGUCUCAUUUGUACUUAGUCUGUUAUGUGGGGCUUUGAAUUUAAUUCGUGGCUUUCAUGCCAUUGAAAGUCUUCUACAGAAUGAAGGUGAAGAUUUCAGUUAUGUUAUUGCGUUUUUUCUUGGAACAGCAGCCUGUUUGUACCAGUGUUACCUAUUUGUGUAUUACACAGGCUGGAGGAAUGUCAAAUCCUUCCUGACUUUUGGGUUAAUUUGCCUGUGUAACAUGUAUCUAUAUGAACUGCGCAAUAUGUGGCAGCUCUUCUUUCAUGUGACUGUGGGAGCAUUUUCUACGUUACAAAUACGACUGAGACAACCACAGGGGAAGUCCCCAGAUUACAAUGUCUGACAAGUCCUGGAACAUUUCAGGGCAAUCUUGUUCCGGCAGUUGUUCACUCUCAGGAAUGUAAAGCUGUUCUCCAAAAGAAGAAGCUAUCUGGAUGGGACUUUUUGUUUGUUUUGUUCUUUGUGUGUGUGUGUGGCUUUUUUUUUUUUUUUUUAUAAAGCAAUGUAAGAUGCCUGUGGACAUUUUUCACUUGAUGGUUAAACUAGUUUUUAAAGGAGAAAAGAAUACUGGAGGAAAAUGGGUCAUAUCCAUGCAGUGAAAUGUAUUGGGGGCACCAGAUUUGGAGAAUUUGGCUAGUGGCAUGAAAAAGCUUUAUUCAAAAGUAUGUUAAUGGAAGGAAUGUAUUAGAGUAUGUGUCCUGCAUAUCAUGCAAGCUCUACUUCCAAAAUCAGUUUUGCCUUUGUGAGGCAGUAGGGGAAUAGCCUAAAUAAAAAAAAAAAAAAAAAUGCUGCUGCCUAUUAGCAGACUAUAGCUGGAAUGUGUAAGAUGCUACAUUUUGGAACAUUUUCACAUUGACAUAUGGGUGAAUGGUUUCUUAAUUAAAAUGUAACCUGGAAA